CAUAAUAAAAGCGCAUAUCCACGCGAGAAUCGGGGGUUUCUCGUGGCCAUGGAGAUCCCAAAACCCUACCCGCAUUCGAAUCCUCUCAUAUCCGUUUCUUCUUUCAUCCACCAUCACUGUACCAAACUUGGAGCCGAGCUUUCCAAUCGUCUCGAAGACACCAAACGCUUCGCCGGAACUCUCGCCAGAAGAUGGCCGGCCCAGGCGAAUUGGCGAUCAUUUCCUACACCUGCUUUCGCAUCCCUUGCGCGCCACACGCAUGCCUUGGCUGCCACUCUUAGCCCCGACCAAGUGGCGAAGUCCCUCGUCGGCACGGCGGUAUACACUGUUAGCAAUUCAAAUAAUGAGUUUGUGCUCAUUUCUGAUCCCAAUGGUGCCAAGUCAAUUGGGUUGCUGUGCUUUCGCAAGGAAGAUGCCGAGACCUUUUUGGCUCAGGUCCGAUCGAGGAAAAGAGAACUAAGAAGUAAUGCCAAGGUUGUACCUAUUACCCUUGACCAGGUAUAUUUGUUGAAAGUUGAAGGUAUUGCAUUCCGCUUUUUGCCAGAUCCUAUUCAGCUUAAGAAUGCGUUAGAGCUUAAAGCAUCAGAGACUGGAAGCAGUUUUGAUGGAGUUCCUGUUUUUCAGUCUGACCUUCUGAUCGUGAAAAAGAAAAACAAGCGUUAUUGUCCUAUAUACUUUACCAAGGAAGAUAUAGAAAAGGAACUGUUGAAGGUCCCGAAGGCAAGAAGAUUUGGAACUUCUCAACAUAUUAUGGUUGGAAGUUUGGAAGAUGUUCUAAAGAAAAUGGAGUUGAAUGAAAAUAAUUCAGCCUGGGAAGAUCUGAUUUUCAUUCCACCUGGCAAAAGCCACUCCCAACACUUUCAAGAAGUGGGCAAAGCAUGACAGAGGCCUGUGAAUUCAGCCAACAGACUAAAACAAGAAGAAUGAAAGAGCAUGGAUAGAACUGAUUCAGCAAACUGAGGUUAGAAAAAACUGGAAUUCUGUUAUAGUUGGCUUCAUGGGAGAGGAAUAAUGAAAACUAAUGGCCUUUUUCUCCCUCAUUAGACAUCACAACGGAUCUGAUUCAGACAUUAUUUUGUGAGGUUGAAGAAGAUAAUGCCUUCUGUUUUACGUCAAGGAGGUUAGUGAAAACAUUGCGGCUGGAUUUCUCAGAUGUGUUGAGUUUGAUUUUAUUUAUGUAUAGUAUAGUCUUUAUGAUUGACGCCGUUUUCAACUGUAGAUUAGAAUCAAUGUAAUUUUAGCUUCUGAAAUGGUUACUGAUUCCUAAGGCGACUUGUCCCAUUUUGCUCAGCCGUGCGUUGCCUAAGUACUAAAGGGCCGUUAUUUACGUGGGAAGGGAAUCUGACAGUAUUUGAUUUUCACAAUAAAUUAAUGAACCAUCAAAUAUCUUUUUUUUUUUU